GAAACAAGCUCACAUCUCCCUUUUGGAAUCCUUCUAGCAGUAGGAUGAGUCUGCAGUGGACUGCAGUUGCUACUUUCCUCUAUGCAGAGGUCUUUGCUGUGCUGCUUCUUUGCAUUCCCUUCAUUUCUCCCAAAAGAUGGCAGAAGAUUUUCAAGUCCCGCCUGGUGGAGUUGGUAGUGACCUACGGCAACACCUUCUUUGUGGUUCUCAUUGUCAUCCUCGUGCUGCUGGUCAUUGAUGCUGUGCGCGAGAUUUGGAAGUAUGACGACGUGACGGAGAAGGUGAACCUCCAGAACAAUCCGGGGGCCAUGGAACACUUCCACAUGAAGCUUUUCCGUGCCCAGAGGAAUCUCUACAUUGCUGGCUUUUCCUUGCUGCUGUCCUUCCUGCUCAGACGUCUGGUGACUCUCAUCUCUCAGCAGGCCACCCUGCUGGCCUCCAAUGAAGCCUUUAAAAAGCAGGCAGAGAGCGCUAGUGAGGCGGCCAAGAAGUACAUGGAAGAGAAUGACCAGCUGAAAAAGGAAACUGCUGUUGGUGGAGUCAAGUUGGAUGGCAGGGACGCUGAGGUGAAGGCGGGCGAAGAGAACAGGAGCCUGAAGGCUGAUCUGAAGAAGCUGAAGGAUGAGCUGGCCAUCAACAAGCAAAAACUAGAGAAAGCUGAAAAUGAGGCUCUGGCCAUGCGGAAGCAGUCGGAGGGCCUGACCAAGGAGUACGACCGCCUGUUGGAGGAGCAUGCAAAGCUGCAGGCGGCGGUAGAUGGUCCCACGGACAAGAAGGAGGAAUGAGGGCCCUCCUCCCUGCCUGCGCUGGCUGCCACCUGGCCCACGCUCGCUGCUUCCUGAGAGCCCUCGGUACUUCGGUUUGCUCCCUUCCGCUUCCUGGCCCCUUGCACCGCUUGCAGUUCCACGCUCUCCCAGCAUACCACAGGGACCCCGGUUUAUACCCGCUCAGGAUGAGCUUGCUGCUGUCCUGACCGGCCAGGAGCCUUUUGGGCACCUGUCACCUGGCAUGGUGGGACUUGCUGCCCGCUGGGUUGAGCCUCUUUUUGUGUUGUGUGUUGAUGUUCGGGGCUCCAAGGCCCCUUUUCUGUGGUCCUGCAGGAGGCGGGUGGAGCAGGCAGAGUAGAGUUUCUCUUGGGGGCAAUAAAGGUUGUUAUGAAGU